CCCUAUCCAUUUUUCCCCACAAACCAGGAGAAAAUUCGAGUCGCUCUUAUUGUUCAGAAAGCAGCUUUGCAGUUUAUUGAUGCUGCUGGUCCACCUGAAUACAAGCUUACCAAUGAGGUUAGAGAAGCAAAUUUUGGAAUUGAACCAGAUGAACUUGCUUCAAUUGUUCAUGGUCAUGAUAUUAAGCGCUUGAAGUUGCAUGGUGGUGUUGAAGGGAUUGCAAGGAAAAUCACUGUCUCCCCUGAUGAAGGUGUCUGCUCAGACAACAUAUCUACUAGGCAAAAGAUAUAUGGCUUAAACUGUUACACAGAGAAACCUCCAAGAACAUUUUGGAUGUUUGUGUGGGAUGCACUGCAAGACUUGACGCUGAUUAUCCUUAUGGUUUGUGCUGUGAUAUCUAUAGGUGUAGGACUUGCCACAGAAGGGUGGCCAAAGGGCAUGUAUGAUGGAUCAGGAAUUCUACUUACUCUAAUCUUGGUGGUAUCGGUUACUGCUAUUAGUGACUACAGGCAGUCCUUGCAAUUUAGAGAACUUGACAGGGAGAAAAAAAAGAUUUAUGUUCAAGUUACAAGAGAUGGGCGUAGACAGCAAGUUUCUAUUUAUGACUUGGUAAUUGGGGAUGUUGUUCAUUUAGGUAUUGGAGACCAAGUUCCAGCUGAUGGGCUGUUCAUAUCAGGAUACAGCUUGCAGAUUGAUGAGUCAAGUUUGUCGGGGGAGAUUGACCCAGUGGACAUAUAUGAACAACAUCCUUUUCUUCUUUCAGGAACCAAAGUUAGAGAUGGGUCAGGAAAGAUGCUGGUUACAGCAGUUGGGAUGAGGACUGAAUGGGGGAAGUUGAUGGAAACUCUGAAUGAGGGUGGAGAAGAUGAGACCCCACUUCAGGUGAAAUUGAAUGGUGUUGCUACAAUUAUUGGUAAAAUUGGCUUGACUUUUGCGGUGCUUACAUUUGUGGUUUUAACAGUGAGGUUUCUUGUGGAGAAAGCACUCCAAAAUGAGUUCACUAACUGGUCUUCAACUGAUGCAUUGACACUUCUAAACUACUUUGCUAUUGCAGUAACUAUAAUAGUUGUUGCUGUUCCUGAAGGAUUACCAUUGGCAGUGACUCUGAGCCUGGCCUUUGCAAUGAAGCAAUUAAUGGAUGAAAGGGCAUUGGUGAGGCAUCUCUCUGCAUGUGAGACAAUGGGUUCCGCAAGUUGCAUCUGUACCGAUAAGACAGGGACACUAACAACAAACCAUAUGGUGGUUAAUAAGAUAUGGAUAUGUGAGAAAAUUAAAGAUAUUAGUGGUAAUGAGAGCAAAAACUUUGAUGAGCUGGAGAUAUCUGAAGGAGUUUUCAGCAUCCUUUUGUGUGCUAUAUUUCUAAAUACUUGUGCUGAAGUGGUGAAGGAUGAAAAGGGGAAGAACUCCAUUUUGGGAACACCAACAGAAACAGCGUUGUUGGAAUUUGGGCUGCUUUUGGGUGGUGAUUAUGAUGCCCAACGAAGGCAGGUUAAGAUACUUAAGGUUAAGCCUUUCAAUUCAGACAGGAAGAAGAUGUCUGUGCUGGUGGCUCUUCCAGAAGGUGGGAUUCGAGCUUUUUGUAAAGGUGCAGCAGAAAUAGUAUUAAGUAUGUGUGACAAGGUUGCUGAUUACAGCGGAGAGCUAGUUCCUUUAUCUGAAGAACGAGUAAGAAAUAUCACAGAUGUCAUAAAUGGCUUUGCCUCUGAAGCCUUAAGAACUCUAUGCCUGGCUUUUAAAGAUGUAGAUGACACUUACCCUGAGAAUAGCAUACCUGAAGGUGACUAUACCUUGAUAGCAGUUGUUGGGAUCAAGGAUCCUGUGCGUCCUGGAGUCAAGGAAGCAGUUCAAACCUGUUUAGCUGCGGGAAUUACUGUUCACAUGGUCACUGGUGAUAAUAUUUAUACAGCAAAAGCGAUAGCUAAAGAAUGUGGCAUCCUAACAGUAGAUGAAAAUGCCAUAGAAGGACCAGAAUUUAGUAGAAAGUCUCUUGAUGAGAUGAGGGACAUUAUACCAAAUAUUCAGGUAAUGGCACGGUCAAAGCCUAUGGAUAAGCUCAAUUUGGUAAACCAAUUGAGAAAUAUGUUUGGAGAAGUUGUUGCAGUGACUGGUGAUGGGACCAACGAUGCUCCAGCUUUGCAUCAGUCAGACAUUGGACUUGCUAUGGGUAUAGCCGGAACAGAGGUUGCCAAAGAAAAUGCUGAUGUCAUCGUAAUGGAUGAUAAUUUUGCUACUAUUGUGAAUGUAGCUAAAUGGGGACGUGCAGUAUACAUUAACAUCCAAAAGUUUGUGCAGUUCCAAUUGACAGUUAAUGUAGUUGCUCUUGUAAUCAAUUUUGUUUCCGCAUGCAUCUCAGGAUCUGCCCCCCUCACAGCUGUACAAUUGCUUUGGGUUAAUAUGAUCAUGGACACUCUUGGGGCAUUGGCACUGGCUACAGAACCUCCUAAUGAUGCAUUAAUGAAAAGGCCCCCAGUUCCAAGGGGUGCAAGUUUCAUCACCAAACCAAUGUGGAGAAAUAUUAUUGGUCAGAGUAUCUAUCAACUGAUUGUCCUUGGUGUUCUCAAGUUUGAUGGGAAGCAGCUUCUAAGGCUUACAGGUUCAGAUGCCACCAGUGUGCUGAAUACUGUGAUAUUCAACUCAUUUGUGUUUUGUCAGGUGUUUAAUGAAAUUAAUAGCCGCGAAAUAAAGAAGAUAAACAUAUUCCGGGGCAUGUUUGACAGCUGGAUAUUUAUAGCGGUCAUGGUUUCAACAAUAGCAUUCCAAGUGGUCAUAGUUGAGUACCUUGGAACUUUUGCCAGCACUGUGCCUCUAAGUUGGCAGCUAUGGGUAGUUUGCAUCUUAAUUGGGUCAGUUAGCCUGAUUGUUGCUGUUAUUCUCAAGUGCAUCCCUGUUGAAAGAGCAGUUGUUGAGCCAAAGCACCCUGAUGGUUAUGAUGCACUUCCUAGUGGUCCAGGGCUCGCAUGAUUGCCCCAAAAGUAAACCAAAAUAUCAUUCUUGAGGCUGCUUGAAUGGCAAUAGACUUGGUUGUUGACAAGUUUUGAUUUUUGGGAUCACAAAUUUUAUUUUAUUUUUUCGUUUUUCUUCUUUAUAUCCUUUGAUCCCCGGCAUUAGAAAGGAGAUUUUAGAUAUAGUGCUGGAGGGACUUUAAUUUUUUGGCACCUUACCACACCUCUCUGACUUCUGACUAAGGACGGAUCCUUGUUGAUAUAAGAGGUCUCAGAUAACAUCAUUGAAAUGCUAAAAAUCUCUGCUAAUUAUAUUACUUUUGUU